AUGGAAACCUCACUAGCCACUGAUAGCUUCUCAUAUAGUUGGUUAUCAAACUGCAAACCCCUUGCAAAUGACCUUGAGGAGCCUCUCAGAGAAUCUACUUAUAGUUCUUGGGGAAGCAGUACAAACACCCCAUUACUUGCAGAAUGCCAAAACUUCAAUUUUGAUACUUGUAUCACUCAGUCACCUCCUGUUCUUGUUCAUGCUGAUGAACUAUUCUCUGAUGGCAUGAUCAAACCAGUAUUUGUUGACACUUCUAAAUUAGUGUCCUGCAAUACCCCAGAUUCCACACAAACCAAGCCCAGUUCUUCCUUUUCUUCAAGAAUUGUUUCUCCCAGAACUGUGGAAAUUCAUCAUGGCUUCCUUGCAAGGUGGAAAACCAUAACAAGUAGAACCUUGAGAAACCUCUCUCGGUUUAUCAACCAACUAAGCCAGAAAGUUGGGUGCUCAAGUAUAAGUACCAGAGUUGAUGAUAUUGAUAAGAAAGAGUGGCAAGUUAAAAGCUUGAGCAGUUCACAGCAAGCAUCUCCAAAAUCAAUUACAUUCCAUCCUAUUGGUGCUUUGCAUGAACAUGAGAAUUCAAUCUAUGAAGCAGUCCUCCACUGCAAAAGAUCCAUAGAAAAAUGAUACUCUCUCAAAUAAGGGGAAGAGAAUUGUAGAAGAAGGAAGUGGAAAGCUUCUCGAAAUGGGUGGCAGCUGAUUAAGCAAUAAGCAUGUCAACUCGUUCUUCGGGUCAUUUGUCUCUUGUGCCCUCUUUAAUGUUACUUCCAUUUCUUUAUGAUUUUGUACAGAUAAUAAUCUCUGUCGCGAACUAUAGAUGGUAUUCCU